UCUUUUAAAUAUAAAACAGAACAAGCACCUUAGAACCGGACUUAAUGAUCUUGUGGUUUUAACUGUAGAAUACUGAAUCAUAUGCCAUUUAAUUUUGUGUUUAAAAUACAUAGAAAGGUUGUAGAAAAAAACGGGAGUCCUUUGUGAGGGUGUUCGUUAAAGAACUCAUAACUCGAGUUAUCGUUCGGGUUUUUUAGGAGAUCAUCCACCUAUACAGAUUGGCUUUACAAUAUAGAUUUUGAAAAUAACAGAUACAAUAUGAAAGCAUUACAAUUUGUGUUUUUGCUUUCAUUCAUGCUACUUGUAUCAGGGAUUGAACUAAAAAAAGAUGACCAUACAAGAUAUCGUAGAGCUGCAGGUGACAAUGUUGCCGAGAUGGACGAAAUUGCAAGAAGCAACGAAGUUUACAAGAGGAUGAGAAGUCAGCUAAGUUUGUUGGAAUAUUUGAUCGGCCGGAGAGGACCUCGAGUUCAUAUACGACAAUUCAUCAACUGGGAUAAAACUAUAAUUAUAGACAAUCUGUUUUAUGUUAAACCAACAACUAUCUGGGAAGUAGCACGAGUGAUAAAAGCUGCCUCUAUGACAGGUAUUCGUGUACGAGCAACGGGUGCUGGACACACGAGAUCACCGUUAUACCCUGACGAAGGCCAUAUAAUGAUGGACGUCCGUGACCUCAAGCGUCACGAUGGCCCGGAUAUGGAACUUCACAAACCUAACCAAAUGAGGCCAUAUUACACAGUCACAGUAAUAACUGGUGUUUAUGAAUAUGACUUAAACGAAUUUUUAGUGAAGAAUGGUUUAUCAAUGUUAUCACAACCACUCAAUGUCAAUGAAACCGUUGGUGGAAUGUUAGCAUUAUCUACACAUGGAUCAACUUGGAAUGCUCCGACCUGGAGUGGCUAUGUUGUAGAAUUGAGACUUAUGGAUGCGCGUGGUCGUCUGCGUAAAUUUACCAUUGAGAGUCACACAGAAUUAAUGAAAGCCCUUAUGUGCAAUUUAGGAAUGAUGGGUAUAAUGUAUGACAUUACAAUUCAAGUGAAUGGAACUCUAAUUGCCCAAGUACAAAACCAGUUCGUACCUUUAGCAGAUUUGUUCUACAAUCAAACGAAUCUAAGAGAAACUGUGACGUCACACUUUUUGACAGAAAUAUCGUGGUACCCAUUCAAUUCCGUCACACCAGAGGAAGAAAAGGUCUUUCUUCAUAACAACACCGUCCUCGAUUCGUGGACAGUUGGAAGAGACCUCGUAUGGCUAAGAACAAUCGUUUUAGUUGACAGUGUACCAGAUGGUUAUACUAUUGAAGGUCCAGGGUUUUUACCAACGGGUGGAUCUCUUUCUGGUGGAAACAUAACAGGAAUUCUCCGUGGAAAGGGAGCUUUAGCAAUAGCCAAGGAACUUCCGUCCACUAGUUACCAUUAUUUAGUGGAUGCCUUUCCUACCCUGAAUAUACCAAUACACGGAUCAGAAACCAGCGCAGCAUUUGUACUUAACAUUGAUAACCAGUUUUCACGACCAUUUAGAGCCUUUCAGUUCAUGACAGAAAAGGUGGAACGUCAGAUUAAAACUAUGGGGUCGUCUCCUCUUAAUGCUUUUUUACCGAGAUUUCUCCAAAACAUGGACUGUUUGUUGUGUUUUGGAAACAACGGAAUUAAGCAAGACGACGAUUCUGGACGUUCUAUGGUAAUAGAUUUUCUAGCACCGCCCACACAGUUUGGAUUUUAUGAUACAGCAGCAGAUUUUGUUCACAAAUUCCGUCAAGAGAAAAUUAGACCACACUGGGCAAAACGUCACACAGAUAUUCCUGGAAUAGUGGACAUAAUAAAGGAGACAUACGGAGACAACAUAAACAAGUUCACUCAACUAAAAUUUGAUUCUGGAAUAGAUCGAUGUGGUAUCUUCAUGAACAAAUAUCUGAUGGAAAUUUUCGGACGUCCUCAGAAUUAUUUUAAAUGGUGUUAGCGUUAAUUUAUUUUUAUCUUUGAUCCUGAUUGAACUUAUUUUCUUCAAACACCUAGUUUUUCUCUCAUAUGGUCUCUACAUCAUAACAUGUAAAACUUUUUUGUUCCAUGUUAUCAAAGAUUGGUUUUAAGUAAAGUCUAACUUUAUAAAAUUAAUCAUCAAAGUUAUUUAUUUCAUAAUUUUAUAAAGAUUGUGGGCUAUUUGAACUCAAGGACAUGUUGGACUAUCUUUUUCAUCGCAAAUACUCUUAUAUGGUUAAUAUGUAUAUAGUUUAUAAUGAAACAUUUGUACAUUGUAAGAUACUUUCUUUCAUAUAGACUAUGCUUGUGAUAAGGUGUUCCAGUUCACUCAGGUUAAGGUUCAUCUGUAUAUAUCGUGAUUUUAAAAAGCUUUCAUAAGGUUUAUGUAUAACAGGUGAUUUUUUAUAUUAAAAAAUCAAAAAAGCUUUCAUACAAAUUGUAUCGCAAUAGUAGUACAAUAUAAUAUAACUUGACACUGCUGAAUAGUAAUUGGUAGAAUUUUUGCAUUAUUCAAACUGUUAAGAGUACUAGACUUCCUUGUUAAAGGUAUAUACGUACGGUUGGAAGGAAUGUCAGAAAUGGAAAUUCCCGGAACUUGAUGUGUGUAAAGAUAUUACAUGAAGUUUAUUUAAAUCACUGUGAUACACUCCUUCAAAUACUAGUAAAUGGACGUUCUUUACUGUUUGAUACAGUUCCUGGUUCACACCCGUUUUAAAUAUCUUCAAAUAUGCAAAUCCGGGUAGAAUUCAUUCAUAGUGGUCGUUUUAUUUUAAAUUUGAAUAAGUAAAGGGUCUUGAUAUGUGACUGACGAUCAGUUUUUGUUUACUUAAUAUCUUUAAAAUAAAUAACAUUUAAAAGUUGUUGAG